UGAACGCUAGCGCUAUUCUGGAACUUUGAACGAUCAGUUGAUUGACUCUCUACCUGUGGUGUGUAGACAUAGUGAUUGGACAAAUAUUGAUAGCAUUGAAAUCAAGUCCUGGGAUUAGAUUGAACACGGAUGAAGUGAAAAACGAUGGAUUAGUGAAAUUCUAAAAAGACUAAAACUUAAAGUUCAAAAUGACCAGUCCAAGGUUGCCUUACCCGGAGCUGAAGUCCAACAGACUUGGAUUUCCAGAUUCCUCCACUCCUGGCAUGAGCAGCAGUCGAUUAGCUGAUAGCAUUGAACGAAAGACUUUAGAAUUCGACAUUGACGUGCUAGAUGCAGUCUUCAACAGACCAGGUCGAUACUUUAUCAAAAUGACCAUUCAGAGUCUGGCCACUAAAGAUUACUCCAACAUCCUACUAAGGAAAUGGCCAGAUGAAGGUUUUGCAAGGGACUACGAGGCGGUGACGAGCGUGGUCACGCAGAGGAAUCAAGAAAAUGUUCCAGAACUUUGUUUAUUUGACGAUAAGAAAUUUACAUUUCGACUUCCAGCAGGUUUCUGUAAAAAUGACAGAAAUCAUGACGUCUAUCUUCUGUUUGAGGCGUUUUAUUUACCAAGUAACAACAAAGACAGUGGUAAAAAGAUGGGUGAAGGUAAAGUAGCUAUUUAUCCUAGGACCAACGCCCCCAGGACAAACCAUACAGUCAAUCCAGGGGAAGAUAUGUACAGACACACGCAAGUUGUUACACUGCUCAGAACGUCCUCAAAGACUGGUAAAGCAGAGAUGCACUGUGGUCGUAUGAGGUGCAACUUUGCUCUGAAGGAGUACGACAGUGAGGCAGAGAGGAGGAAGAAGAAACAAGAGGAAGACAAGAAGAGGGCAGAUGAGGAAGUGGCUAGGCGAGAAGAAGAGGAGAGGCGAAGACGUGAGGACGAAGAGAGUAGGAGAAGAGAAGAGGAAGAGAGGAGAAGAGAAGAUGAGGAGAGACGUGAGGCAGCAAGAAGGAAAGAAGAGGAAGAAAGAAAAAGGAAAGAGGAACCAAAGGAAACAGAAAAUCCAUUUCAAACUCGUCCUAAAGUUGCUCGCACACCUGGCCCUAAUGACAAACGCCAAAUCCUGGCCCCGAAGAGAGGACCUUCUCCUGUGAGCGAGUGGGGAGACACUACGUCAGUCAACUUGCCAGUCACCCCACCGCUUACACCACCAUUACAGGAACUUAGGAAGACAAUUGAUUCCCCUCUAAGGGAUUAUGACAAAUCCACCUAUAGCGCUAACCAAACAUGGCGUCACACUGCUAAACCUGGACAUGAGCAGGUUGAGGUCAUUGUACAUGGGUCCAGUAAUCUGCCCAAUGCUGUUAUUGGAAAGAGUGUCCAACCUUACACUACAAUUAAAUUACGUCAAGAUAUGGAGUUGAAUCAUAAAGCUCGAGGGAAAACCCAUGCAGUGGACAAACCAACCAAUGCUCCUUCCUGGGAGGAAAUGGUGACCAUGGAACUCACAGACAAAGAAGCUGAGAAAGAGUCUAUGGUUCUUACUGUUGUGGACUCAUUAACCAGAAAAGAACUAGUGGGUUAUUCACUUCCGGUGGUCAACUUGCAACCUUUCCAUCAAUAUCACAUGGAGAUGGUUUUGCCUGCCAGAGGUGGUCGUGAAGGUGUGAAGUUGUAUGCCUCGGUCAUGAGGAAAGUGAGUUCAUUGCCCAAAGAUCCUUCAUCCCCCAAUUAUUUGGCUUUGGAGUUCUUUCUGCGAGGUGUGCAACUUCCUCUACAAAAUCCUAUUGGACCUUUGAUAGCUGUAGCCAGAAUAGUGCCAGACUAUUUCAACUACAAAAGUGAUAACUUGCUGUCCAAUCCUCGAGCUGCUGGUGUCUCUAUGUCCAGUGUCACGUUUCCUAAUCCUCAAAAAGGUGCAUUCACAGUGGUCAGUCGGUCAUCUCAUGGUUAUCCCCAGCUUAGUCUGCUGGGCAAGCCAGAAACCCAACCGAAGUGGAACCACCCGUUUUUAUUUUGUGAUGAGAAAGACAAGGCUACGAUGUUCACCCCUACAGCUGCACUAGUCAUUGAGUAUUAUGUGGCUAAUACUGCCAUGACAGAUGAGUUCUGGAGAAUACAAAGUCCUGUUGGGUUUUCUUCACUUCUCUUAGAUCAGAAAGUUUAUCAACAGCUUAGCCAAGAAAAAGCUAAAAUGGGCAUGCGCGUUGAAAGUGUGCCGAUUAUGGGUUCAGAGCUGAAGAUGAGUGAUGGCAGGUCGCCUUUGGUAGGAAUGGUUCUCAAAUUAAUUACAACUCAUCAACCGGACUCAAUGGCUGCCAUGAAUAAUUUAGACACUCUUCCAGCCAUGGAGUUACGAGAAGGUCUGGACAUGGCGCCCCAUACAGCAGACGUAUUACAGAUCCGAACACCUUCUCCAGACACGCGCCCCAAGGAAGAAGAGAAAGCAGACGAUGAAGUAGAAGAGCCUGAAGAAGAAGAGAUAUUGGCACCUGGAAUGUAUUUACAGAGAUUAAACAAAGGUCGUCUGCCCAUCAAAGACGGUGAACUACCUCCAUACGAUGCGGUAGAAAACAUUCUACCUGAGUAUCAGUACAUUUUUGUGGACCCUAACCCCAAGAGUGACAGGUCGAAACCCGCUGCCCCUUCACGUCUUGUGGGGCCUCCUGACAGAGGGGCGUACACUACAACGACAACAACAGCCAUCACUAGGGAUCCUAAUGAUCUUGAUCAUACACACAUGAAUGUAUUAGAACAUCAGAUGCGGGACCUUGACAACUAUAGAACUGCUGUCCAGAGAAUGGGUCAAGAUAUUAUGACUUUAAGAACACAGAUACGUCAGUUAGAAGGAGAGAACAGCAAGCUAAGGUUAGAUGUUCAUCAUUAUGAUGAUAGUAGGAAGCUGUUAAUUGAUGCUGCUGAUUUAGACUCAUUGGCCAGACCAGAACUUCAAGCAAGAUAUGCAACAUUAAGACAAAAGUUGGCAGCACAAACAACAGAGCUCAAGGAGUACAAAACUAAAGUACAGAAACUACAGAAUGAACUUAUUAAGAAAAACGACAAAGAAAAAGAUUAUUUAAAAAUGUCCCACGCACAUGCCUCACAACAGGAACUCCUACAAAGACUUCAGGACAAAGUGCAGAAAUUGAGGAAAGUGGAAGAAACAUGCAGGAAACAAGAGAAAGUCAUUGAAAAACUGGAAAGUGUGCUGUACAAAUUGAAGGGAAAAUCAAAUAAAGAUGGAGUUAUGAAUGAAGCACAAACAGCUCUAGCUGAUGAGAACAGGAGAUUAAGAGAACAAAUAGAAGACAUGAAAGAUCAAAUGGCGAGAGCAGGGAUGGCAGGGGGAGAUGAAUUGGAGAAAUUGGAACUUUACCAGGCCCUUGAGCGUGCUGAGGGGAGAAUUAUGUCCCUCGAAAGACAGCUGCAAGACAAUGCCAGGAACUGGGGUAAAGAGAGAGCAGAUUUAAAUAUCAGAGCUAAUGAAGCAGAACAUGGUUUUGGCAGAACAGGUGGCAUGGUGUUACAUGACUAUCCUGUCUUGGAGUCAGCUUACAACAGAACAUAUUCUAGACUUGGGCCACUGUUAAGAUAAAAGUUUCCUACAGAUGUGACAUUUGAGAGAAAUUGGUGAGAGAGAUUGCAAGUCUUCUGUUUUAUUGAUCUCAAAGUUGAUUGUUAAGAUCAGAGAUCUUUUAGUAUGUGAUGAAUGUUCACAAAUCUCUGUGAUAUUUUAGUUUUAAUUACUUUGUCCAUUACCUGAUAAACAUUAAAUUAAGCAUGAUUUAAAGUUUUCUUACACAUUGACCCAAGCUAUUCAUCAAUGUCUCUUUCUUGCACAUUGACCCCAAACAUAUUCAUCAAUGUCUCUUUCUUGCACAUUGACCCCGAACAUAUUCAUCAAUGUCUCUUUCUUGCACAUUGAUGAUAACAUAUUUAUCGAUGUCUCUUUCUUGCACAUUGAUGAUAACAUAUUUAUCGAUGUCUCUUUCUUGCACAUUGACCCCGAACAUAUUCAUCAAUGUCUCUUUCUUGCACAAUGAUGCUAACAUAUUCAUCAAUGUCUCUUUCUUGCACAUUGAUGAUAACAUAUUUAUCGAUGUCUCUUUCUUGCACAUUGAUGAUAACAUAUUUAUCUAUGUCUCUUUCUUGCACAUUGAUGCUAACAUAUUCAUCAAUGUCUCUUUCGUGCACAUUGAUGCUAACAUAUUCAUCAAUGUCUCUUUUGUGCACAUUGAUGCUAACAUAUUCAUCAAUGUCCCUUUAUACCAGUUUUGACUUGCAGAUAAGAGCAAGCUGAAAGUGUCCAUUUAAUAGCGUUAAAACAAAUGUGAUAUUAUGGACUAACAAAUGGAAAGGUAUCAUUCUUUCUACAGUGGGCAGUCUAAAUUGAAAGGCAGGGGUGUAGCAGACCAUGGUGAAAAAAGGUUUAUCACACUAUCUCACAACCAAUAGAAAGAAAAAAUAGAAAAAGACAGUUCACCAAUUGUCACAUAUAAAUGUUAUCAACAAAUAAAUGUGUGUGCAAAGAACAGUCUGGUUGAAGAAGAGAGCAGUCAAGAGAGAAAUAGAUUCUGUGCUCAUGAUACAAAGCAAAUCAAAUUUAAACAUUAAAACAUUAAAGCAUUAUCUAAUUGAUUUGUGUUCAUAUAUUUACAUAUACAUGAUUAGAUUGGAUACAGAAUGAGAUAGUUUAAAAAGUAUUACUAAUUUCAUAGUUUCCAUCAGUUGAUAUAGUGAAUUUUGAAAAGAAAUAAACAAUUAUUUAGGGGUUUUAAGAGUCAACAUUAUCCACUUAAAGGAAGCCAGCAAAGUCUGAACUCAUUUUCUGUGAAUAGUAAUGUAUGAAAUGCUCUGUGUAAUAGCAAGAAUAAUGUCACACUAUAAAAUCAUUCUUUGAACUAAAACUUAGUGGAUUGAAAAAGUAAGACGAAACAUUCAUUGUUAUGUUCAACUUCUGCCACAAAUCUCUUGGUACUAACCAUGGAGAGUUCUGGUUUGAAAAACAUAGCUAGUCAGUGCCUUUUUUUUAUUUGAAACUAAAUUUAUGAUUUUUUUGACUUGCUACUUUUAUCUUUAAAUUUUGACAUUCUUGGAAUCAUUGCUUUGUAUGACCUAGAUUUGAAUGACAUUGUUCUUUAGUCUAUUACAUGAUUAUUUCAUUGACUUAUACACAUUUAUAAACAAAACUAAAGCUUCACCUAAUAAUAGUUCUACUUGUACUGGCAAUAUGUAAUAUUCCUGAUUAGACUUUUACGCCACUAAUAAUAAUAGGUACAAAUUACAAAAAAAAAAUACUUCAGUUGAACAAAGUACAUUGUACAUUUUUCUAUUCAUCACUUUUGUUUUUUCAAUGUAUUUUGUCUUCAUAAGACUUUAUUUAUUGGAUUACAAUUUCUAGCAGUGACUUAUAAGUUAGGUUUUCUUUUUCUUUUCUUGUUUUUGUCUGCAAGUAUGAUUUGUUCAUAUUCAUCAAACUUUUAAAUUGUCUCAUUUUGGACUAAAUUUAAACCAGAAGAGUCAGUUUCAUCACCUACUUGUUUUUGUCAAAUAUAAUGUGGACAGAUAAAUGUAUGUCAUAUUUAUUGAGAUUUAGUCAUGCAAUAAUACUUUAUAGUUGUAGAAUUAUCAUUUUGUAGAAAUGUUAUAUAAAAAACUUUAUUAUAAUUGUAUGUAUGUUAUGGUAACUCUUGUUAUCAUGUCAUUGGAAUGAUCUGCAUGAUUUGCUGUUUGAAUGUAUUUAAUGUUAGACCAAGUUUUCAAUUGUACGUGUAAUAAUAUGAAAAAGUAAAUGUGCCCCGGUUCAGAAGCCAAGCGCUUCAUUGCUCAGCCACCAAGCCUUAUGUACAAUUGUUUAUCUUUUACUGUACAGAAAUAAAAGCAUCUAGAACAGAACAUGUUGA